AUGAGGAUCUACAUAUUGUUUAAACGAAACAUUAGACACUAAAUUAUAAUAUGGCAAACAUUUUCUAAAGUCUAAGUUAUGAAUUAAAUAUAAAUUUCAUAAUCUGUAAUUUAACCAGCAGCUUAGGAAUUUCGCUAGUCGAACAACCUGCUCCAUCCCGUGAUCCAUUCAUGCUCUUUCACCAUGAACGAUCAAAUCAAUAUGCCUCGUUGCCGAACCCGGCUAGUCCCAUUCAUGCUUAUCUCCCGUUUUUACACUUUUCUGCUUUUCAACGAGCUUUCUAUCUGGCCCUAACAUCGCGAUCGCGCCCUCUUCAUUCCAGCUUCAGCUAUUCCCUACGAUAAACAUUCUUUUCCACAUAAUAAAUGUAGCUUCUCUCUUUCUCUCUUUCUCACGCCGCACAAACUCUCUCUCUCUUCUCUCUAUUUUCUUUUAACUUACCCUGUUCAACCCUUUACCUUCCAUUCAAAACAUUCCACCGAUGUGUCGCUGGAAUGAAACAAGCCUCUCUCUCUCUCUCUCUCUGCAAUCGUCGGUUCGCUCACAAAACCGGCAAACGUUUACUAACAUACUCUCUCCCUACGGGGGUACGCGAAGAUCGGUGCGUCAAGUGGAUUUCAACGCCAGGUAAAGGCAGUAGUUUUCUUCCAGCAGCCUCACGGUGUGCAUCGCGACGGCACACGUACCUCACGAUUUGAUUGUUAGUUUUUCUGUUUGGUGUAUUCCGCGACGACGAUCUCACUUCGCCGAAAUCACGCGCCGUUCAGAACGAAACACAUUCGCCCCGAAGGCUGGAACGCGUGUUGAACGUUAGGGACGCUGUGUGUGAAAGUGAUGGUUUUGAAGGAAAGUGAUGGUGAUCAAAUGUGCAAAUUGGGCUCCCAUGGUGUUCCCGUGCGUAUCCCGCACGAACGUGUAGUCGAAAGUGGAGUUGUGCUGUGAAUGCUUAGCAUCCGAGUUUUUGUGUACCGCCAGAGGUUUUUGUUUUUUUACUUUGUUGCUAACGAUCGAUAACGCUUGUGUGGUAGGGCACAAAAGAAAAAGUUAGACCAAUGAAUUGUUCAAAAGUUUUGGAGUUUUUGAAACAGUGAUAAUCAAAGGUAUCAUUAUUGGCACACUGAUAGUGAUAGUGACAGUGAAACAAAACGUGAAGUUGGUUCAUUUUACUCCUAGCACAUAUUAAUCAAUUUAACGAAGGUCAGGCAAAGUAUUUACAAUGAUACCGGUAGAAAAGAGUGAGCAAUUGGUUCGUAAAGUCUGAUUCUCAAAGUGCAUAUUUGUGUCGCAACGCAACAGGAGAGUACCAGGAGUAACAGGAGUUUUAUCACCAUGGACUCCAAAACCGAGGUACGUUCGAAACCGAUCCUGAGUCCGACACGUUCGUUGGACGAAGGUUUCGAAAGUGAUCCCGAUCGUAUCUCAACCGAUUCGGAGCUAGCGACGGCCCAAACGACACCGGCAUUCGACGUACUGCAGCGAACCGAUCGGGAUGGUGUGCAGCACACACAGAUUGCUCGACGCAACUCGCCCACCACCACGCAGGACACUACAUCCACCGUCUCGACCAAGGAUAGUGGCCCCGAAAGCAUCAUCUGUUUGGAGGGUGAAAUCGAAAAGGAACUGCGCACCAAACUCGAGAAAACGACUCUCGGACGACCACCGACCGGACUUCCGAAAAGUGUCCCAUCCACCGGUGGGCAACAGAUACGGUACCGGCGGAUAAAAACACGUGCACCACCACCACCGAUCGGUUCGUACUACUACCAGAAGCGGUCCGCUUCGGUCGACAGUGUGAACCGUGCCGGGGGUGGAUCGCACGGUCCGAGCAGUCUCUACAAUUUGAACCUCGACCAGGGCAGCUCGGUCAAUCUGCAUCUGGAUCUGGCGGCCUCCGGACCGGUAAGCGUUGGGACGCCCGGUAGCCAGUCGGGACACGAUGUCCUUGCCGGGCGCUUUGUGCGCGUUACCGUUGAUCCACGGCACCACCAGACGGCACAACCACCCGCCUCGCUGAACCAGUUCCGUUUGGCAUCGCUGUCGACGAACAACAUCUACAAAUAUUGUCACGCACCGGCGCCAAUGACCGGCCACUACCACCAUCUACACAGCCAGCAGCACCAACAGCAGCAGCAGCAGCAGCCGCACCUUCCACACCAUCCGCUGCAUCCACUGUCGCACCAUCACCAUCAUCAUCCCUUGCAUCAUCACCAUCAUCAAACGCAGCAGCAGCAGCAUUCGAUGCACCAUGGGCAUCACCUUAGCUACAUACCGACCCCGGUUGCAACUGGCGGCAGUACGGUCGGUCCGAACGGUGGCAACAAUCGCAACAAUUUAUACUCAUUACCACCGCAGUACGGAUUAAGUGCGGUUGCCCUAGCUUCCGGUGGAUCGGCCGCGACCGCUGGCAGCACCGCCCAUCCUGCGUCAUCCGCCCAUUCGCAACCGAGCGCGACCGGAUCCGUCGCAAUGUCGGGCGGCCCAGCAGCCGGCCCAACGGCCAGAAAUUAUCAACAUUUCAAUCAUGUUCCAGUUUGCUGGACUCAAUCGAUACCCAGACAAACGCGAAGAUACAUCACCCCGACGACGCUACCGCAGGUGAUUGCACCAUCGAACAAAUCCACCAGCACCGGCAUAUCGCAGAAGCUGCGCGACCUGGCGACCUCGGCCGGUUUGCUGACAGCCAAACCGCGGCCUCCACUGAAACCGGUCAUCAAGACGCGUGGUUCCAACAGUACUGAGUUCCCGAAAAAAGUCACAUUCAGUGCUUUUGCAACCGUGCAGGUUGUUUGAGGAUACCAUUACGGAUACCAGCCGAGAGACAGAAACGGAGAGUUAGGAGACGAAAGCGACACCGUCUCAAAACUCGAAACAUCCCGAACCACAUCGGAUACGAGAUCCAGGAGGGGGGGUGAGGGCCAUACUGUACGACGCAUGUACGACAGAAUUGCCAACGGGAGGAAGAAAAAACAUGAUCAUCAUCACCAUCAACAGCAGAAGACUUCUCGCAUCCAGGACUCAACCGAACAGAAUAUCAACUAUUUCUACAAAACGAAGCAACAGGAAAUAGUUCGUUAUUCUACACAAACUGACUCACUCCAAGAUAACCAAAAGAUAUAGCCAAACCUCCGUAUAGAUGAGUUUUGAUUCGAUGGACCCUGCACGGGACAUGUAACGGAGUGCCGUAAGGACACUUCACAACACUAACUAUCCUGUAAUACAGGUUCGUUUCUAGACAUCCGUAUCCUCUUGUGCCACACCGCUACCACUACUAGGUAACUCCUCUAGCAAUUACAAAACAACAAGAGAGAGAGAGAGAGAGAGAAGGAGAGAAAAAACAACUCUUUGAAAAGCAAUCAACCUAAACAGCGCGGAUACUCUAAUCUCGGUACAAAUUGAUCAGCAGUCGAUGCGUGUUGUCGCUCCUUGGGGAAUACGAAAGCGUUACAUCAUACCAGGCUCUAGCAGGUACAGGGACGCACAACUGCACCACCAAUCCUUACGAUGGUGCCAGCAAAACUUUCUGCAACCUAUCAGCAACAGGUUACCCGUGCACAAUCGAUCGUUCGAUCGGCAAUUUGUGGUUGGUGUUUUUUUUCCAACCAGAGCACCCUGCAGGCCAUUUUAAUUUCGUACCCAGUUUUAAGCAGCUUUCUGCUAUUAGUCAACAUGAUGUACGAUAGGUAGAAUGUGUGUGUGUGUAGCAAGCAAAAAAACAAAAAUCUCGGACAAUGCAUUGAAAAAACCAGAAUCUGGCAUGAAAUCAGAAAGAUUGAGAGCAGGAGUGCAGCAACGUGUAGUCGCAUUUUUUUGCAUCGUGAUCUAAUCUUUGACACCGUUUAAGAUGUGGCAUUUUCACCAGCCAAUGUUGAACGUAUUUUUUCCCCUCUUUUUCUCUAUUUAUUACCACAGUCACUACAAACUACAGCGAAAGUGCUCGAUCAUAUAGACAAAGAAAAAGUUUUUUUUUAACUUUUUUUUGAAAUUAUUGUAACAACUUCGAUGACACCGUUGAACUGAUUUGGUAAUAGUAGCAUUGAUUAAUGGAAAGAAAGCGCACUAGUUACUUAUAGCAAGGGCUAUUCUGCACCCCAAAACCGAAGGCAGUGUAGCCUUCUAGCAAACAAAAUCCGUAAGGCAAGGUGCGAUAAUGUAGGAAAAAUUAGCAGGAAACGUUGUUUUCAAGAUCGAGAUAAGGUAAAGCAGAAAAAACGAGGGCUUGCCACCCAAAGACCUACGCGAAGCUAACAAUUAGAUCAAUUAAAGAUAACUGGAACGAACGAUGUUUUGGAAGCUAAAGCAAUAAUGUGCGAGAUCUUUGCCGCGUGGUACCGUACGGCGUCAUGAGAAGCAACAAGAGGAAACCCGAUCUGCAUGGAAUCGGUGCGGACCACCGGUCGAUGAUACAUGGCGGUAGUUGUGAAAUUAAAACCCCAUACGAAAAGCCCUGGCUAUCGAUCACCCAAUUAUUCAGCACGUUCGUAGCAUUGGGCAAUUGUGUGAUCUACUGCCCUUAAUGUAGACAAUAGUUGCUGCAUUAGCUUUUUACUGCCUUUUUUAUUAUGGUUUUAUAAUGAAGUUUCCAAUGGCAAAAGUUUCCACGCUCCUAUGGGACUUCCUCGAUCCAGUCCAAUGUGGUUUGAUUCUUAUCUUAUACAUCAAAUGUGACCAACUGUACAAAAGACAUAAAAUGUGCGAGAAAUUUGUAACAGGAUUGGAAAAUUCAAUCAACCACUUGUUCAGUUUCCACUCGACUAAUUCUACAUUUUAUCUUAAAAAUAUGUCAAAGAGAUGAUGCAAAGGUAGAUGCAGCUAGCUCGUUCUGCAAAAGGAGAGUCACAAUGUCAAGGUCUUUUUAUCAAAUCAAAUUAACAUCCUGCUCUCAAGCAUUCAAUUGUGUGCCUAGAUCAUACGCUAUCUAAACGAUACAUCCCUUUCAAACAUUGUUACCCUAUCAGAAACUGUUACACAACACAAAGCUUCAGCUUUAAAUCGAAUCAUUUUACCUAGAUGACGCAACAUCAAGCUAAGCGUUUUCCCAGACCAGAUUACAACCGAUGACAGGCAGCAAAAAAAAUAAGAACUUAAAAACACAAUCACAAUAACCUAAACACACAGCAACGAUUACGCACUGCACAGUAAAACGAGCAAAAGGGUUUGAAAAUAAUGCAUGAUGAAACGCAAAAGGGGAAAAUGGGAAUCAAAAUGGCGGUCAGACGAUUAAAACCAUAUUAUCUCUCACGGUUUUUUUUUUGUUUUGGUUUUAUGUAAAUACUAAUCUACUCUUAGCAGAAAGAUAACCGUUUUGAUCGCCGUCGGUACAUAUUGCUACUAGCGUGAGGCACACGGCUCCAAGCUUUAGCCAUCGCGGCCUCGAUCGUUUAAGUAAUUGUGUGAUUGAGCAGAUGACUAAAGGGCAUCAACACUACACUUAUCUGUAAAAAACAAACAAACGCUUCCACAGUGUACGCCAAAACGUCCAAACGCGUUCGGAAUGAAAAAUGAGCAUAUUUGAAUAAAAAAGAAAAUAUAUUUCAAAUAGCUACAAUGUACAAA